AUAUGAUUUAGAUGGUCGUCAGAAACUGAGCUCCACGGAAUUGUUCGCAACUACAGAGGAAGGCGCACCAGCUCUGACCAAAUAAAGCCCAGUUGUCGCGAUUUUAGAUCCUGUUUUCAAGACAUACUAACGGAAACUAGCGUCAACGAGUUCCAUUGCGUAGGGCUUAGUUCUUCUGCGGGCAGCUACUGUUUGUACCGACCUAGCUUUGUCCUUCGCAGUCACAGCUGUGCUGGGUUGCUGAUAUAUUAAUACAAACCGUUGUGGAAUAUGGCUCAACAUGGACAUCAUGUAGCCAGUUCCCAAAAAGCACUAAUGCUGGAGAUGAAAAGUCUCCAAGAUGAGCCAGUCGAGGGAUUCAAGAUAACUUUGGUGGACGAGUCAGACAUGUAUAACUGGGAAGUAGCGAUAUUCGGACCCCCAAACACGCACUACGAGGGUGGUUAUUUUAAGGCUCGGAUCAAGUUUCCUGUCGACUACCCCUACUCUCCACCUGCUUUCCGCUUUCUCACCAAAAUGUGGCACCCCAACAUCUAUGAGAAUGGGGAUGUGUGUAUUUCUAUCCUGCAUCCACCAGUAGACGAUCCACAGAGCGGCGAGCUGCCUUCAGAGAGGUGGAACCCCACACAGAAUGUCAGGACCAUCCUGCUCAGUGUCAUCUCCCUGCUGAACGAACCCAACACAUUUUCUCCAGCCAAUGUGGACGCAUCCGUCAUGUACCGCAAGUGGAGGGAUAGCAAGGGCAAGGACAGAGAAUAUAUCGAGAUAAUCAGGAAGCAGGUGCUGGCUACUAAAGCUGAUGCAGAAAGGGACGGCGUCAAGGUUCCUGUCACGUUAGACGAAUACUGCGUCCGCACCCAAGUCCCACCCACAGACGAUGGCUCCAACCUCUUAUACGAUGACUACUAUGAUGACGAGGAGCUGGAGGAAGACGACGAGGAUGACAAUGAAGACUGUUGCUAUGACGAGGACGACUCUGGCACAGAGGACUCCUGACCACGCUUCUCUGUGAUGUCACCCAACACUUCCUCCUCUCCACCACCCCGGACCAGUUCUUGCUGUCACCCACACGGCCCCUUGUCCACCUUCUGUCACAUGUGCAGUCACAAUAUGCACACUAAAGAAAAGAAAGAAAGAAAAGACAGCUGCAGAAUUGUGUUUGGCUCUUUUCUUCAGCAUUCUCUUUUACUUUUUUCACUUGUCUGAGUAGACGUUACACAUGAUAUACGAACAGCUUCAUAACCCUUAUGUCAAACUUUCAAGUUUUCUCCAUCUUCUUAUGUUCAUCUGCACUGAUACUCCCAUCAUUUAAAAUCCCCCACAAAAAGCUUUUUCAGCUCCAAUACAUUGUUUAUUCCACAAGUGUUGAGCGUAACAAAGCUUUCUCAGUGCUAAAGAGCGCUCACUUCUUUUACAUUAUCGUUCGGCAGGAAUGUCAAGCCACAGAUCAGAUCACUGUAAAACAAGAAGAAAGCAUUUCUAGAGGAAGCUAAUUAUGGAAAAACGGCAUACAGUUUGUGUUACAAAAAGCUGAGUCAUUUCUGCCUGAGUCAUGUGUACAACCUCCAGUAAGCAGGUUGUAUGAUCCCUGCCACACUUCACCUCUGACCUUUAAAGCCACAGGGCUUGUGCUCCCCCAAAUGGGAAAGUUAUUAGUUUCAAAAAGCCGCUUGCACUUACUUGUGCCUUCCUUGUAUCCCUGAAGUCCCACAUCUGAGUGACUGGCUGACCAGUUGAAGCAAAACCCUAUCAGCUAGACAUACAAAGGUGGCAGAGCGCAAUUUUUCAGGCUCACGAUAUGAUGUGUAAACAGUGUCCUCUUGAUGGAACAAGCCUAUUUAUUUAUAGCAGCACCUGUCAGAUUAGUCUGGAUGGGGGUGAGGUUGUGAGUGGAAAGGUAAAAUCCAACAGCUGAUCUGAAGAAUGGAAUGUAGAUCAAUCAGCCUCCACUUGCUGCCACCAGCCUUCAUCGUACAAGCACUUGCUACUAGUGGCCUGGAUGCACUUAACAUCUAGCAAAGCCCGCUGCUGCUCGUGUAAUCCAAUGUACUGUAUUUAAAACAAAAAACUAUGCAGUCAGUGCUUGAACUUCCUUAAUAUGCAGUGCUUUAAAUGUGGCAGCAAAGCUGAGCCUUGAAAACAGUCUGGCAGGAACUCCAGCUUUAGUUCUCUGUGCAUCUGUGAGGGCUUCAGAGUGACUCUGACAUCUCUUAGAGAUGGACAUGUGCAGCUGUAUCCGUCUUUAUGUUUAUCGGUGGUUUGUGGUUUCCAAACAGAGUAGCACAAGUAACCUCAGCAUAGGAGUCACGUUGUACACUAACCUUCACUAAGCUUGCCCCCUACUGGUGUCUGUGUGUAACUUUUCUUUUUCUUUUUUUUUUAAACUCUGAAACGCUCUACCAGACUUCAGCCAUCUUGUCUUACCUGAGCCAGUGCUCCCUGUUGCCUCAGAGGAGAUCAGGUUGCAGUAUGAGUGAAUCAGAAGAAUGGAAAAUGGCAUGAUGAAUAUGCAGGCAAACGGUGUUUUGUUUUCAGUGCUGCGCACACUCUGAGGCUCUCUUCUGCCUGGAGUGCUUUGUUGCACACUUUUAAACGCAUUACCACCAUCCAACAGUAUUUGCAAGGAAAUUCUCAACGUCACUGUAGCCAUGUUUCCGUUUUUGUGAGUAUUCACUGAUCGUUUAAAAGAUGUACCGAAAAGAAUUAAGAGGGAAGCGUGAAAUGGGAAGGUUCUGGGAUAGGGUUAUUCUCUGAGCAUGAGCAUGCCGAUAUGUGUUUUGUGGUUUUAGAUCUGCUAUAAAGGUUGGGAUUAUGUCCAAGAUAAAGGUUCUCAAACUCGAUUUUACCUGAAACUGAUGUAUUGUGACUGGGCUGGGGGUUGGUGUGUUUUUUUUGGGGGGGGGGGGCUUUGUUGAUGUCCUUUUUUUUUUUUUUUUAUUUGCAAAUUGUAUGAGCUGCAAUGUGUAAUUAUAUGUAUUAAGAUUAUUAAAUUGAUUAUUCAGAAACUAGGGAUAUCCAUGGAAAGUUGAAUAAAUGUCAAAUCAAUUUUACACAAUUUCCUAACAAGGAACCAAAUAUUACUGUAAUGAUGAUGCGGCUCUAAAUGCGCCAUGAUAAAUUAUCAAUACUGGAUAAUUUAUGCCCAUUAUAAAAAAAAAAACCCUCACCCCUUUAUUUUAAUUUUGGGGAGACUGGAAUUUUUUUUUUUUGUUUGUUUUUUAAAGUCAAGCUGCUGUGUUCUUUUCCUUCCUCUCUCCUCAUCCCCCUCAACAUGUCUGAGCUCUGAUUGGUGGAAGCAUCACUGAGGGAAGACCCAGAAGUUAAGAUAAAAAGAUCCUCAGGAAAAAUAAAAUAAAAUACCCACCUACCAACAAACAAACAAAUCAUUUUCCGGCUAAGUGAACCUGACCCCGGAGGACUCGCUUUUUGGCUUCAAUGGACUGUUUACAAUCUUUACCUUGAUAUGCACAUGUGGAUAUUUUGACGAUCAGUUGAUGUUUCUUUGUUUGUUUGUUUUUUUCUUUCUUUUUUCUUAUGGUUUGUAAAUAUUUAAAAUCUGAAAUAAAGCUCUUUAUUAGA